AUCUCACUCCACUGCAUUUCAAAGUUCUUCAUAUCUACCCUACUUCAAUUUUCUAGCUAUAUCUUCUUGUUCUAAGGAAAAUGGAUGUCUUGACACUCACCGAGGAGUUCACUAGCACUGUCCAGGCAGAGAGGCUGUUCAAGGCUUUGAUCCUUGAUGCUCCAAACCUCAUGCCCAAGCUAAUGCCUCAGGCUAUUAAGAGUGUUCAACUUGUUGAAGGCAAUGGAGGCCCCGGAAGCAUUCAGGAGAUAACCACUGCUGAAGGUGCAAACAUCAAACACUUGAAGCAUAGAAUUGAUGCAAUAGACAAAGAGAAUUUGACAUAUAGCUAUGCAGUGAUUGAGGGGGAUGCUGUACUGGAAAAGGUUGAAUCAGUUUCACAUGAGAUAAAGUUCGAGCCUGAUACAAAGGGUGGUUGUAAAGUGAAGAAUGUUAGCAAGUAUCAUCCCAAAGCAGGGGUUGAGAUCAAAGAGGAGGAUUUCAAAGCUUCCAGGGAGGAAGGCUCGGCUAUCCUCAAGGUAGUGGAUGCCUAUCUUGUGGCAAACCCUGAGGCCUAUGCUUGAAGUGAUCUUAUAGUGCACCUUUGCAUUAUGUUAUAUCAUGAUGUACUUUCAGUUUAGCCUAUAUGGUUUACUAUGAAUCCAAAUAUGAUAUGGCUAUAAUAAUAAAACUUA